AUGUCGAUGGAAUUACUUGUAUUAUCUUGGUUAUUAUUGUUAUUCAGCUUUAAUUUUGUAUCUGAUGCUGCCAGUUUAACCGCACAAGAGUCAAAACAACACCAAAUAACACCUCUAAAUGAUUAUUCUGAUUAUAAGGUUAUAAGGUGUAAUAAAACUAUAUUUGAGGAAAAUUUAUAUAACAAACGAUCAGAAAUCAAUAAAAAUAAAAAUAAGAAUAAAAAUAACUACUACUAUGAAAACGUUUUUAAAAUAGAUAAUAAUAGUGACCAGACUGAAGAUCACUUAGAUAUUUGGGCCAAAUCACGCGAUUUUAUUGAUAUAAGAAUACACAAGGGUGAUCAUGUGCCAAAAUACUGCAAUAUUAUGAUAGAAGAUGUCCAAAGUACAAUUGAUAAACAAAUGGUUUUAGAAGAAGAAAAAGAAGAGAAUAAUAAUUUAUCCUUUUUGAAACAGUCCGCACAUCCAUUUUUCAACACAUACCAGAAUUUAGAUGAAAUCAAUAAUUGGCUCUCAGAACUAUCUUCAAAUUUUUCUGAAUUGGUUUCGAUGGAAAUUGUGGGCCAAACUUUUGAGGGAAGAGAAAUGAAAGCUUUACAUAUCUCAUCAACAGAGGUACACUCAAAUGAUACUAUACCUAACGGCAAGAAAACUAUUGUAAUUACUGGUGGUGUUCAUGCCCGUGAAUGGGUCAGUGUAAGUACCGUUUGCUACAUUGCCUUUCAAUUAUUAUCCAGAUAUGGUCAUCAUAAAAGAGAAACUGCUUAUAUAAAUAAUUUAGAUUUCUUAAUUAUCCCAGUUUUCAACCCGGAUGGGUACAGUUACACAUGGACUCAUGACAGAUUAUGGAGAAAGAAUAGACAACAGACCUACUUCCCUCGUUGUUUUGGUAUCGACAUUGAUCAUUCGUUUGAUUUUCAGUGGACCGGCACUUCUGACUUCCCAUGCAGUGAAGAUUAUAGUGGUGAAUCUCCGUUCGAAGCACUUGAAGCUGACAACUGGAACAAAUAUUUGACUAUGAAAAAGGGAGAUUAUUUAUUGCACGGAUAUUUAGAUUUUCAUUCUUAUUCGCAGGAAAUAUUAUAUCCUUACGGCUAUUCAUGUGAUGCCAUUCCAAGAGAUUUGGAAAAUCUAUUGGAACUAUCUUAUGGGUUAGCCAGGGCUAUCAGAAAGAAAAGCAAAAGGAAAUAUAAUGUAAUGUCUUCUUGUUUAGAUAGGGGUAGCGAUUUAACACCAGGAUUAGGUUCAGGAUCUGCAUUAGAUUAUAUGUAUCAUCAUAGAGCACAUUGGGCUUUCCAAUUGAAGUUAAGGGAUACCGGCAAUCACGGGUUUUUAUUACCAGCUAAACAUAUUGUUCCCGUGGGAAAAGAGUCUUAUGCUGCUAUUAAAUAUUUUUGUGAUUUUAUAUUAAAUCCUGAUUUAUGA